AUGGCGGACGACGAGGAUGGAGGAGUGGAACGCGCAAAAGAAAGAUGUUCUUUGCUAAAGGCGCUCAAACGAACAGUUAAUCGGCUUAUAGUAAUGGACACAGAAAACAACUGGGCUAUAUUAGAGGUUCAAGAAAGAAUCAUCGAUGAUAUAGUACGCAUACUUAGGCACGGGCAAAGAGGCAAACAAGUAAGCUAACGUAAUCUAGUCAGCUUUAUACAUGGAAGUAAAACAUGCGCAAACGAAAUUUUGCCUUGGGUGAGAAUUUGUAUGACAGCUUAAUAACGAUUUACCCAAACUACAUUGAAUAUUGCGUUGGCGAUGAGAUGUGGUUUGUGAAAUUUAAAGAUUAGAUUUCAGUUUCAACAGACCAUGAUGCGUCUCUUACUUUUAUUUCAUCUCGAUUAAAGCAAAGGUUAAACUGAGUUAAACAGUCAAAGGAACGUGAAAAAAAAAAUUACAAAGGACAACCAACUGUGGAUAGGAAUCAGUGUUGAACGGCUUUUAUUCUCAAGUAUUGACUCCAUACAGCUACAACCUCAGUCCUACAUCACAUCAUUUGGUGUAUCACUCUUAAAAAAACACAAGGUACAUAAUGUCUUCAUCUUGCUUGCUCAGAGGCCCGGGGGGGGCACUUGGGUAUUUUUUGGGUGGGUAUGUGCCGCCCGGGACUCCAAAUUGGCACCCCGUUCUACAAAAAUUUUCCCCUAAAAUUGAUACCCCGUAGUAGAAAUGGGCCAAUUGUUUUAUACCCCGUUCUAGAAUUCGCCCUAAAACUGAUACCCCGUUCUAGAAAUGGGCCAAUUUUUUAUACUCCGUUCUAGGGUGCAACAAGAGUACAACGGUUUGCUUGUUAACGCAUUGAACCGUAUUUUUAAAAGCAAUCUGUCCUUGAACACUUUCAAAUGGCUGCUUACAAAAGUGGAGCUUUCGUGCGUUCGAAAUAUUAUACCCCGUUCUACCCUGCCUCUGAAAUGGAUACCCCGUUCUAAAUCAAAAGCUUCAAAAUCACGACCCCUUUGGGCGGCACAUACCUGUAUAGGUAAUGUAUGGGAGUACCCCCCCCCCCGGGAUAGGCAACAUGCAAGGAAUCAUGUAAUAUGAUAGGCCAUACAAGUGGGUGAGAUGGGCCUGUGUUGCCCGCUUUUGAUUACUCAAUUUCCAAUUCUUUUGUUUUCAUCCCAUACAGCUGUAUGAAACGUAAAGGAUUGUUUUCUCCGAAGCAAUGCCAGUGUGGCAGUGAGCAAAAAUUAAUGGUUUGCAGCUUCAAUGAAAAAUAGACAGUCUAGCUUUGACUGCAUGUGGCUUACUGUAUAGCUUCACCUAAAUAAUGGAUGAUGUCUGACAUUUGCAGACUUCAUACUGAGCUAAUUAGUCUCGCUUGCUUAAGCAAAGCGAGAAUCUUAAAAUGCAGUCGUUUUUUUUUUUCAUCGGUGGGACCUAGUUUGUAGGCCCCGCGUUCCUAGCGAAGACCGUGGAAACUGGGGAUAAGAAUCGUGACGACUUUCAUUGUAUGGAAAAGAGUCUCGUGAUGAGAAUGCAGUUUAUUUCGGCGAUGACUGAAAUGACGCAUGUAAGUUUGGCAAUGACGUAAUUUUCCUCGAAUGGAGGCCCUUGAUUUUCGUGUAAUUAUGCGCGACAUGCAGGCACAUCCCCAAGCAGGAUGAGAAAAUAUUAUAGCGGGAAAAUCCUCAGGAUUUUGUGGCUUUUUAAGGCGUGUUUUAAUGUAUUUAAUUGAUAGAUUUUCGCAGUUGUUACGAUGUGAAGUCGUGUUGCACUUCAUAAAUACUUGAGAUAUGAAGUAUCCACUGUCACGUAAUUUUUACGUGCGCACGUGCGUAAAAUUUGCGUUCGCAAAUAAAAUAAAGGCAAUGUAUGAAAGGCUGCACGUACAAUUACGUAAGCGUAAAAGUAGAAACUCGCUUAAUUUGACCUUUAAUCUCAAUACUUUAUGUCUUACCUCUAUUUGAUUUACGUGAUUAAAAUUUACAUGCGUUAACGUGCGGAGCCAAAAACGCAUCAGUAGAAAUCCACCCUAACGUGUCACGGGUGUGUUUAUGCGGGUAGCUUUGAACUUGACUAACCGCACACUCUACUUGCAGCACUUCAUGUCCAUAGUUAAUAGAAAUCCCAUAUCGAGCUUUUCCGGAACGGGUUGGUCCAAGAAUUCUAUGGCUUGAAAACGUUGAUUAUUUUGGAACAACUUAUCACUUUAGUGGUCGAAAAAAAAAGAAUAAUCUUAAUGAGCAAAACUUCAAGGUUUACUGGAAAAUCAGGAUUGAGGAUCGAGCAUCGAGAAAUCAGGGAUCAAGGAUCGGUUAAAAAGAACUUGAAAAUAAAAUAAAUAAAAUAAAUGGUGGAUCAGUGACGAUGUGGGCCGCAGACGGUAGAUAAAUUUCACAGAACAUAACCCCGUUCGCUGUACUGAAUGCUAAAUUCAAGUAAACUAAUCCGAGUCUAUCUGAGUCAGUGAUUGUUUUGACGAUAAAGUGAAAUUUUCCGGGAAAAUGAAACGCUUUAUCCUGGUGAUACUGUAAUACAAGAAAAAACUUUUAACAGUUUUUAAUUUUUAAGUGUACAUUUGCUUUCAGUACUCCUUAUUUUUCUUGUAAUUGUUGUAUGCACGACCCCACCAGCAAUGCUGAUCUUUUUAUCGUGCCAUAAACUAAGGUUCUUACCUACCUACCUACCUAUCUAUCUAUCUAUCUAUCUAUCUAUCUAUCUAUCUAUCUAUCUAUCUAUCUAUCUAUCUAUCUAUCUAUCUAUCUAUCUAUCUAUCUAUCUAUCUAUCUAUCUAUCUAUCUAUCUAGCUCUAUCUAUCUAUCUAAAAAAAGAUAUCUAUCUAUCUGUCUGUCUGUCUGUGUCUGUCUUUCUGCCUAUCUAUCUAUCUAUCUAUCUAUCUAAAAUGCAUGCUGUGUACAACUCUAAACAUUGUAGUCUGAGACUGUACGGAGAUAUUAAAAGUAGAUACUAAUCAGUUACGGAAAAUGUCAUUACUUUCAUGUGAUAUUGAUAUCUUAUAAAACGGACAACAAAUUCAGCAGGAAUACGCACGAACUGAAUUAACUGUGUGUUGUAUAAGGUUCUGUUCAACUUACACUUUUUUCCUGUGCUCAACAUAUACUAUACCGAGCCGUAUCUUGGUCCGGUACAAAGAAGCUAUGUAUAUUUAUACUGACAGAGUCAUCGGCCCCUGAUACCGAUAAAAAUCAUCGUUCAAUUUUUCGAGUGUAGAAUCCCUGAAAGAGUACUCCUCAAUGGAGCAAUAUCAAUAUGUAGAUGGUUUUCAAAGGUUCCACACCGGUUUGAGGCUAAGAUGUGCAGCCUGUCUCUCCUUGCAAUUUUUACUUUUUGAGUGUAUACAUUAUGACAUACAACACUCGUUUUGUAUUCCAAACGAAAAAGUAGUAUAACGGCACCGGGGCCUUUGACAUUAAAACUCAUCUCCAAGCAAGCGAGACUCAACGCUACUAAGAGUGUUCUUGUUCAUAAUAAGGAAAUAACCACAAGGAAACCAGAGUAGAAAAAAUACAGUACCGCUCAAAAGUAAUUUACCAGUUGCGACUUAUUUCCUGCGCGAUGAGAAUUGUAUCACUCCUACAUGAUUCUUAGCAUGUGCAAUUAGAAUCGCAUAGCCCGAGAAUCACUGAAGUGGUAAUUUUUGGCAUAAAUUACUAACGACAUGUCCAGCGAGAAGCCAACUAAAAAUUUUGCUUAGCGUUACGUCAAAGACUGAGGAAAACGUGCAUUAGAUUUAGUGUUAAGUUUCUUUCAAGAAGAUUUCUUUUAGCUUGUCAUCUGCACACUGUUUAGUUUUUGGCUUUGUUUGCGAUUGACAUUUGACCCUGCACUUGAUCAUGACGUUUUGUUUGGAAAAACCUGAAAACCGCUUCCACUUUCCUUGAUUAGAAGAACCAAAUACACUGCAAAUCGCUAGCGAUGAGUUUCUCCACCGUAAAAGUUUGUCAGCUCUUUUGAUAUGUGUAGUUAUCAUUCACGUGUAGCAGCAACUUUUGCCCACAAGAUCUCAACAACAUUGGUAAAAAUUCAACUUGGCGUAUGAUCACGAAAUAAUGUGAGCUUAAUAAACUUGUUCUUUAUAGCUUUUUUAAGCAGUCACUACUUGAUUUAUGAAAGAAAGCUGUCUAGAAUUUAACAAUUUUAAUACAGUGGGCAUGCAAAUAAGACAACAGUGCAUUUGUUAUCAUUUACAUGUAGCGGCAACUUUCACCAAUGAGACAUCAACAACAUCGGUAAAACUUCAACUCGGUGUAUGAUCACAAUUAAAAUAAUGUUAGCUUAAUUUGUUCUUUGUAGCUUUUUAUGUGGAACACUUGAUUUAUGAAAGAAAGUUGCAUGAAUUUAACAAAUUACAGUGGCCAAAUAAGACAACAGUACAUUUGCUGAACAGCAAUUUUUUUAUGAGUUGUUAAUGAGUUUGACUGGAGCUCUCAUAACCUCUAUUGUUUUACCAUGUGGUCACUUAUGAGAGGUCAUUCUCAAGGAAAAUUGGUUUGAGUUCUCAAGGGUAAAAUUAUAUAGAAGUGAUUGAGCUGAAGGGAAACAAAAAAGAAAAUACUUCAAGUUAGCAGGAAGUUCGAGCAAUUGAGUGUUCGAAUAACCUCAGGUAAUAUCACAGUAAAUGUAUGAAGGCCAUCCAGGAGAAAUUGAUUUUGGUUUGAGUUAUUGGGAGGUGACUGUAGCUGCAAUUAAGAUGUUGCCAGCUGGCUGAGGCAAAAAGAAGUUUGUGCAUGCAUUUGCCUCAUUUUGGGACUGUACUGUAUGCACGCCCAUACAACUACCUUCUGCCUUAUUUUUCUGUUGAGGGUCACAAAUUCUCCUACAGUACCUUCAUUCCAUUCCCUUUAGGUGACUUUAGGAUUUAGACAAUCAGCACUGUCUAUUUUCAUUGUGUGCUAAUUGUACAGAUUGUAUCCUGUUAAUAUGAUUCUAUUGCUUGAAAAACAGAAUCAGAAUAGGAGUGUGAUAUUUUCUUAGGGAUUUGAUUAUUCUAUUUUUCUAUCUUCCAGUGUUUGAACCUUGUACUAUGUACGUAGUACUGUGUUAUUAAAAAGUUAAUAAUGUUUUCUACUCUCUAUUACACAAGUUUCAAUUCCUUAGCUUUUUGUUUUCAGUCAUUGCUCCUUGGUAUCUUUAUGUUGAUAAAAAUAGUGUCUGAGCCUACUUAAUAUGAUCACCUACAGAUGUACAUGUAGAUAAUAUGAACACUAUGACUUGUCCCUUGUCUCCCCUUUUGAAGUUCGCAACAUGUUUGAAAGGCCCUUUAGGCAAUUGUCUCAUUACUGAUUUUGUCACUGAUUGAAGCAACAUUGAGCAUUGUAAGUAUUUUUUGUUUAGGUGGCUGCUCCAGGGAUCAUCAAAAGUACUGAGGAUGGGCUUCAGCAGGCAUUGCUUGAACACAGUUUAUCAUCAUAUUUGUUAGAGCUGGCAAGUAGCAGAGAACAGUUGCUAUAUUACUACCAAGGUAUGAAUCACAAAGAUGCACUUACAUGUAUUAGUAGAGCCUCGCUAGAUGCUUGCUAUAGAAAUUGA